UUAUGAAAGAUUCACAAUCUAUUGACUGCCAGUCACUCAUCUUGAUUUUAUCCUGGUACAUUGGAUUAAAUGAGAGGCAAAGAGAGUUCAAAUAAAUCAUUGGUGAUAUUUGAUAUCAAUAGGAAUUUAUCUCCAAUCUGGUCAACUAAUUAAUUGGUGGAAAAUGAUAGAAACAAAAUAGUCACAACCGAUCGAUUUAAUCAAGAAAGAGAAACAUAUUAUGAUAUCCGAAGAAUAAUUAGUUCAUAAUUAAGAUCAGUGUUAUUACAAAUGAGAUUUUAUUACAUAAUUGAAAUGAUAAGGUUUGAUUGUAUUAGAUAUGAAAUGAGUUUUCCAGCCUUGACAGGGCAAGUACAGCUUAACUCAAGUCUUAAUGCACUUGUUUUCAUAGCGACGAGAUAAACGAAGAAUUUUUUAUGUUUUAUUUUCGAUUUCAUCUUAAAUAAAUCAAAUUACUUGUUAUAAGUUAUAACUAACUCGCUCAUUUUUAUUGAUUUUAUCCACCAUGUUUCGUGCCCUGUUAUCAUCAUCAUCAAAGAUUGGUUAUGGAACCAAUCUCUAUUUUGGUAGAUCAAUUUGUACAAGCAAACAACUGGAUGCCAUGAAGGUUGAAAACAUGUUGAUUAUUGGAAGUGGCCUAAUGGGAUCAGGAAUUGCCCAAGCCUCAGCUCAAAGUGGACCUCAUUUCAAUUCAAUCGUUAUUCAGGAUGUUAACCAAGGUGCUCUUGAUAAAGCUGCUGCUAGAAUCAAAUCUAAUUUGGAAAAGAUGAAGUCUAAAAAUUCAUCCAUAAAUGUAGAUGAAAUUAUGGGACGGAUAACAUUUUCAACAAAUAUCCAGCCAAAGUCAACUGAUAAUCUCUUGGUUAUUGAAGCUAUCACCGAGGUAUUGGAUGUCAAGCAAAAUUUGUUCAAAAAUCUAAGUGAACAAUUCAAGGAUUGUCCAAAUGUCAUUUUAGCUACAAACACUUCAUCAUUGCCUUGCAAGGAUAUUGGUAUCCAUGUUACUAACCAUUCACGUUAUGCUGGUCUCCAUUUCUUCAAUCCAGUUCCUUUGAUGAAGCUUGUUGAAGUAGUCAAGCUAGAUAACACGUCCGAUGAUACUUAUGAUUCUCUUGUUGAUUAUGUUAAAUCAAUUGGGAAAGUAUCUGUGAAAUGUAAGGAUACACCAGGAUUCAUUGUAAAUCGUUUACUUUUGCCAUAUAUGUCUGAAGCUAUUCAAAUGCUUGAAAGAGGUGAUGCUACAGUCCGUGAUAUUGAUACUGCCAUGAAAUUGGGUGCUGGUUACCCUAUGGGUCCUUUUGAAUUAAUGGAUUAUGUUGGAUUAGAUACUGUGCAAUUAAUUAAUGCAGUUUGGAUGAAACGAGAUCCUAGCCUCAUCAAGCCGUCAAAAAUAAUAAAAGAAUUAGUUGAUUCUGGUCACUUCGGAAAAAAAUCUGGAAAAGGUUUCUACGAAUACAAAUAGAUUUGUAAUUCUGUUGAUGUAAUUAAUCUUAAAAAAUAUUUUUUCGCAUCAAUAUUCCAUUAAAUUGCACUUUUUCUAGUGAAAUAAGAAUCUUAAUGAGAAAUAAAUAAAUAUCAAUAAUUACGAA